ACUCUGGUCCACAAUCGGAAGCCCCGUGGAAUCCCAGAAGCAGAACCUUUGAGAUAAUUUGAACUGAAACGGACCUUCUCUGUUCCUGGACGCUGGGCCUGGUGCCUCCUGCCUGCAGAUCCCAGAGACAUAACAAUACCUGCCCGCAGACCCACAGACAUGCCGCCAACACCGUCCUCCUAAUCCUGCCCGCAGCCAGCAAGAUGCGAGCUAACCACAAAGGAGGGGUUUAACUGAAAAUGCCAGUGAGCCUCCUGGCUUCUCUGCUCUGCCUCAUCACCACACAGGUCCUAAGCAAGAUCCAUGGUAAGACUCUUACGUGAAGGGCGGGGGACAAACGAAACCCAGAACCCCUUCUGUGACCGCCUUUGUAAAAAAAAAAAAAGAAAAGGUUCUUAGAUUUCAUAGAAUCAAAGAAUUGGAAGGAUCACUUAACCCAAUCACCUGCAAUGCAGGAAGCACAACUAACAUUUCUUGCCUGCCCGUAAGGUCACAGGAUUGCAUUAUUGCAAUGUCAAAGGUAAAAUGCUAAAAUACGUUAAAAGCAAUGCAUGAUCGAGGGUGGGUCCCCAAAGUGUGUCUCUCAGGUGUUCAGCGUCCUCAUGAAAUCACCAGGAGACUUCAAAUCAGCUAGCGCAGGAAUGUCCAGCUUUUGUGUUAGUUGCCUCUCUUCAUUUGGGGAUAAUUUGUGCCCGUUAGAACAGGGGGAGCAACGUUUUUGGGGCUGAGGGCUAUAUUCCCUUGUGGAUAUUCAUCCCCCUCUCUCUCCCCUCUGUACCCAUCCAUUCAUUCUGUCCUAUGCGCACAAACUCGAGGGUGCUGAGGCUUUUCACCCCGAGGGCCACAUUGCCUUCUGGGUCCGCAACUUUCAAUGAACUUUACUCUGAACUGGGCAAGUCCCAGUAUGUCCCACUCCAGGAAGUGGUGAUUUAGCAUUUAUUUGUGCCCUUUCUGACAACUGAAGCCAUGCGCCUCCAUUUUGAGGGUGGUGGCAGUGAUCAACAAUUUUGCAUCUCUUCCUGGCCUCUCUAGAUCCACAUAAACAGGAAUGUGUCACCAGGAGGAUUCUCUGUCACCCGAAGGCCAUUUGCCAACUUGACAAGCUGACAUCUGAUUACUAUUGCCGGUGUCUGCCAGGCUACAAGGGGGAUGGAAUAAACAAUUGCCAAGGUAAGUUAAUACCUGUGUGCACAUCUGCCUCUUAUGGGGGGCAGCAGAGACCCGCAGUGACUAGAAUUCAGUCUUCUAUACCACGUUAAAAACAUUCCCUCUCGUGCACACAGAUAGCCCAAGGAACCCUAAAAAUGCUUUCAGUGCAGUGUGUGUGUGUGAUGGGGAUGGGCGAAUCUGUCGAUUUUUGUUUCUCAUUUCCCCAAUCCUAAGUUUGGUUCUCCACAUUUCCACAUCUCAUUGCAUUCUUUUUUUAAGUCCUCGUGAAAAUUAAUCAGCAUUUUAGUGCAGAUUUCUCCUAAUAUACGCAAGCUUCUACGCAAUUUUGCCUAAUACACACAUUUUUUACAGAGCAACUUUUCACCAUAUGGAUUUUUGUAAGUCAUAUUCACUAAUGCAGGCAUGUCCAAAGUCUGUUCCGGGGACCUAAUCUAGCCCGCUGGUUGAUUUAAUCCAGCCUCCGUGGCAGUAUAAGUACUGAGGUAAAAUCCUAAAAAAAAGGUCAGCAACCUCAAUCCUAAAAAAAGCUCAACAACUGACAACUUUGGUCGGGCCUCAUGCAUGUUCACUUCAUCAAAUCUGGCCCUCUUUGAAAAAAGUUUGGGCACCCCUGCAUGCAUUCGUUUUAUGCACACUUUGCCCCAGUAUAUGUAUUUUUGCACUCUGCUGCGGAACUGCACUGCAAGUUUCAGAAAACUGCAAAUUUCAAAGGAAGGUUGUGCUUUGGUUCACAUAUUGUGUGAAUUAAAUGUGAAUCAAAUGCGAAUUAAAUGAGAAUUAAAUACAAAUUUCUCUUGUAUCUCUAGUAUCCAAGUAUCUUGGAACUGGAAAGACCUGGAUUCAAUGUGUGUGUGUGUGUGUGUGUGUGAUUAAUUAUUGUUUAAUUGCUUCAUGAUGUUUUUCUGGGGAUGUGAUUCAUAAAUGAAAUAAGUGAAUAAUAAUUACUCACCUUUGUAACAUUGUGUGGUCUUGGUUGAUCACUCUCCCUCCCUCUCCCAGCCUCCAUUUAUCCGAUCUUUAAAAGAGGGAUAUGAUUAAACGCUUCCUUCACAAAGUUCUUCUGUGGAAGAAAGAGAUAAAGACAGAUACUGAAAGAUAAAUUUGUCGACUGAGAAUUGCUGCCUAUAUUAUUAAUAGCAAGUGUUGCAGAGACUAAUAUUGACCAGUUUGAAGCUAUUGGAAGCUUAAGUACCGACUCCUUUUGGAAUAAAUCAUUGUUCAGACUCUUAAAAAUAUUAUUCAAACUUUUACUGACAGAACUCUUUUAAAAUAAAAAAGAUAUAUCAAAUUUUGUUGUUGUUUAGUCGUUUAGUCGUGUCCGACUCUUCGUGACCCCAUGGACCAGAGCACACCAGGCACUCCUGUCUUCCACUGCCUCCCGCAGUUUGGUCAGGCUCAUGUUAUCAAAUAACAUCUCCAAAAUAUCCAUACAAUCCAUUGUGCUGUCCAGCAAAAAGAGUCACAUUUUAGAAAAUAUGAAAUAAUCCAAACAGACCUAAAAGCAAAGGUCUCUGUCUCUGUCUCUUCACACCCUGCAUUCCAGCCUCCAGGCUGUUUACUCUCCCUUCAGGAGAACUUCGUUUACAUGCUCACUCCAUUGAGUUUGAGAGAAAAGACUCAAAGGCAACUUGAUUCAGAAUGGAGAUUUGCAACCCAAUACCUCUCACAUAAUCUAAAGUCACAACACUCACAUGUUAGCUACCAGAGAAACAACGAUCAGUUAAUUGUUAACUUAGUAAGAGCUCAAAGUGUUCUCCUUGGCUUUAAUAUACUGUAGCCUCAUUGAAAAACCUACCUACCUACCUGAACUGACCUCACUCUUUGUCUACAUGCAGACCCUGGGUUCCGCAUCACUAUUUCCAACGCAUCUGUUUGCGAUGGGUUCGGAGAGCAGGUCUGUCUCCUCAAGACAAGAGAGAGGAAAGUCACCUUCAACAUCACGGUCUCCAUCUUCGGCAAACGCCACCAACAUGAAGUGAGGUGGUACAAAUUCUACUCUGGCCAAAGCCCACAAUUCUACAGGUAUGCAUGCGUGGAGUGCGGAAAACAAUCUGGUGUGCGUCUCUUAAGAUGCAGCCCUGUCUGUUGUCCUUUUCAAGGCAGCUGUUCACCAGAGGUGGAUUUGGGGGAGCAUGACUGGUUUGCCCGUAAUGGGCACCGAGCUGAGGGUGACUUGGGGGCAGCGCAGCAGUGACUUAGAAAGCAAGAGGCAGGGAGGGGCUGGAUUUUGGCAUCACUCCAGUUGCUGCUAAAAUCUGAAAGCCCCAAGUCCACCACUAUGGCAUUUGAGAUGUCUUUCUAGUUCUGAGCCAUUACAGAAACUUCCAACAAUAACAAGAAGCUUUAAAACAGCCAAUGAGUUGCUCCCUUCGAAACGAGACAAUAAACACAAGGCAGGCACCACGUGUACAAUGUCACCAACAAUGACACUGAUUUCAGAAAUUAUUGCAGCCCCAAAGGCUGUUGGGCAGGACCACCCAAGGUGUAAUUCCGCUCCCAAAGCUUAUUGCCCGUUCCAUGAAUAUGUGCAAAUCCAACCAGAGUGUAAAAACGUCUUGUGGGUUGUUUCAUGCAGUUUGCCCUUAAUAGUGGCUGAGACAGAGGAAGAAGAUUUUGUAGACCAGAUCCUAUUCCAGCUAAACUCUGUCAAUUUCCUUCCCCAAGUCCUGUUCCCAGAUGGAUUUCAAGCCUGAGGAAGGAGCAUAUAAGGUGUUGAGAAGUGCUGUAAAAUAUGAAAAUGAUGCGUAGAUGGUACUUUACAUCUAAUAAAUGAUCUAAAAUGUAUAAGAAGGUUCCUAAUAAUUGCUGGAAGUGUAAACAGGUGGAUGGAUGGAGAUGUGUGUGUGUGUGUGUGUAUUCCAUACAUGGUGGACUUACAAGAAAAUGAGGGUAUUUUGGGAAAUGAUACAUGAUAAGAUAAAAUAGAUGUUUAAAAUGAGUAUGUCCGAAAAGCCUGAAGCAUUUCUGUUAUGGAUUAUAGGGACAGAAAUCCCCACCCCACCCCGCCAAAAUGCUAAAGUUGUUUAUGUAUGUGACAACAGCAGCUAGGAUUCCACAUGUGCAGAAAUGGAAGGAAAAUGUUCCAACCAAAGAAGAAUGGAUAAGUUAAGAUAAGGAACUAUGCAGAACUGGCAAAAUUAACAGCAAAAUUAAGAGAAUCUAGUGAUGAGUCUUUUAUGGAAGAUCGGAUGCCUUUUUCGGACUAUUUAAAGAAAUAUUAUAGUAUGAUGAACUCACAAGCAGGAUUUGAGCUACAAGCAGCAGAAGGAAUUAGAUCGUGGGUAGGCAAACUAAGGCCCAGGGCCCGGAUCCGGCCCAAUCGCCUUCUAAAUCCGGCCCACAGACGGUCCGGGAAUCAGUGUGUUUUUACAUGAGGAGAAGGUAUCCUUUUAUUUAAAAUGCAUCUCUGGGUUAUUUGUGGGGCAUAGGAAUUCAUUCAUCCCCCCCCCAAAAAAAAAUUUAGUCCAACCCCCCCACAAGGUCUGAGGUACAGUGGACCGGCCUCAGCUGAAAAAGUUUGCUGACCCCUGAAUUAGAUUAUAAUAUUGUGAUUUGAUCGACAGAAUAUGGGGCUGCAGCAGAAGGGGAGAAACAACAACUCCAUGCUGAAAGGGGUGAGAAGUUGACAAAAAGAAGGGAAAAGACUAAAUUGUGCUUUGACUGUAUAUGUUGAAAAUGUUGAAACUUAAUGAAAUGUAAUUGGAAAGAGACAGAGAGAAGCACUGAGAAACCGAAUGCAGGCAAGGCUGAAAUGGUUUCAAAGCUUGAGAGUGUAUCUUGGGAGAUGAAAUUAAAUGGCUUAUUUGGUACAUUCUCAGCCGUCACUUACCCCAUGGACGUUGCUUUGCAGCUAUCGGAGAAGACUGGCGCUUGGGAAGAACAGGCCUCUGAGGGUGGCUGUGCAUGAACGUGGGCAGGCGCUGACACUACUUUCAAUCAAAGAGGAUGAUUUUUACCCAAAUCUUUUCUGGGCAGAAGUGAAACCGAGCACAGCACCCGCCAAGGCGGCCGUGGUUGAGGCCUAUGACCUGAGAGGCUUCCAGCUGUUAAAUCCUUCCAAUCUGAGAUACUAUUUUGCUCUGGAUAGCAUGCCUAUAGGUAAGGCAACUUUUUAAUUCUCCCCUAGAUUUGUUGCAACUUGGCUCAGCAGAUAUGCUCAAGGAAGGAAGGAAGGAAGGAAGGAAGGAAGGAAGGAAGGAAGGAAGGCUGAUGCUCAUCCUAUAUAAGAAUAGUAUAACAUUAACAUGCCCCCACUCCUCAUGUCAGUCCUGCCUUAAAAUAGCAGCAGACAUAAGUUUCAAACCUGUUCAUUUCCUCUCCAUACAAUGAGAUGAGAAUGAAUACACACACACACACACACACACACACACACAUCCAUAUUUCUACAUACCGAAGGAGGUCCCCUUCCCACACACACACUGUGUGUGUAGAAACCACAACCUUGUUUCUGACCAGCUUCAUUUCAUUCCAAAUUAGCAGCCAGAUUCGCUGUUAGAAGGAACGAUUGUCGUUUUGAUUGAAUUUUGCCGAAAGUUGGACUGUUGGGUGAGUGAUGAAAACCCCAAAUUCAUGUAACUGCUGCACAAGUUAUGGAAAUUAAAGCAGACUGAGCCAUUCAGCCCUUUUUUUGUUGGAUGUUAUUUUUUUAAAAUGGUCUUUGAGAGAAGUGUAAACACAAGACAAGUAGCUAUAGGAGCUCAGAAUGUAACAGGACAGUGGGUGGAAGGAGAUGCUCUCGGUGCAAAUGGGGCACUCUCCCAACAACCUGCCUUCCUAUUUAUAGCUGGUCUAGAGUGUGGCAGUUUCCUUUUCCUUAGUCCUUGCAAAACUAGGCAGGGAGGAUGACAGGGACAAACCUGGAAUUGUUUGGCUUUGCCAUUGGUCUACCAUUAGCUCUGGCUCCAUCUGUCACUGGCUGUGGAUCCACCUCCUGGAUCCAUCUCUCUGCCUUCCGCCCUACCAGCUCCUGCAGCAGAGGUGGGGAGCCAGAUGUUGUCAGACUCCCAACUCCCAUCAGUGCCGCCCGGCAUGACCAGAUGGUCUGGGAUGAUGAUGGGAGUUGUAGUUGUGGGGGGUUAAUUUCAACACUAAAUACAGUGUUGCACUAGCCUAUUCACUGAGAAGGUGUUGCUGCUCCUUAAGCCCGGAGUAGCCAAUAUGGUGCCCCUCCAAAUGUCGUGAGACUCCUGCUCCCAUCAGCCCCAGCUGGCAUAGCCGACAGCCAAGGGUAGUUAUGGGAACUGUAGCCCAACUUCAUCUAGAGCAGGGUUCCCCAAACCUGGGUGUCUGCCUGUUUUUGGACUACAAUCCCCAUCACCCCUGACCACUGGUCCUGCUAGGGAUGAUGGGAGUUGUAGUCCCAAAACAGCUGGAGACCCAAGCUUGGGGAACCCUGAUCUCGAGCUUUGCAGGUUUUCCUCCUCUGUCCCAUAGCCACAAGUCAACCCUCUUGACAUGGCAGCUCACGACCCAGUGCAUCGAGAGGUCUCUCUGUUUUCUUCUGCUGCUUUUAUUUUUAGAGGUCGGAGAGUUCUUGGAAGGGGACAACGUUGCCAUCCAGUUGCCAAAAUACCUCCAGCUUCCUCCGUCCAGCUUUGUCCGGUGGAUCAAGGAGCCCCGCCCCAUGACGCUGCUGGACAGCCAUGCAGUGGUAUUGGCCAACGGCCUGGAUGAGAUUGAGAUCAGAGGAUUAAUGUACGCUUGCCAUCAUCCGGGUGCUUUCAGGCUCAGCCUAUAAACAGAAAGGUGUCCUCCAACUUCCCACUUUAGGGGGAGGGCUUAUUUAUUUCGACGGUGUCUGCCAUGAGAAUCUUGUGGGAACUAUGAAAAAAACAACACAGUGUAAUAUAAAGGGGGGUGGGAUCGCUUCUUGGUGUAUUGUAAUGCUGAAUGUUUAUAUUUUAAUUUUUGCAUCGUAGGCUUUUAAGGAGGCCUCUUUGGUUAUCAAGAAGUAUAUAUAUUUAUAAUAAUCUUCGUAAUAAAUUGUAUGCGUCAGGGGUGGGGAAACGUGUGGCUCUCCAGAUGUUGUCAAAUUCCAGUUUCCAUCAGCACUAUCCAGCAUAGCCAACAGGGAAGAUGGGAGUUGUAGUCCAGCAAUAUCCUCACUGAGAAGGCUGACACCUUGCAAUUCAAAGGUUCUUCACUGGGGAGAACAGGUUCCAGCUGCUCCUGACACAAGAACGUGAGAAAAGCCUGCUGGAUCAGACGAACGGCCCAUCUGGCCCAGCAUCCUGUUCUCACAGUGGCCAACCAGAUGCAGGGUCCGAGUGCGAGAGCGCUCUUCCCCUCCUGUGGUUUCCAGCAAGUGGGAUUCACAAGCAUUCACAAGCCUUUGAUCACAGAACCGAUCUUUGUUCUGCACGUGUAAGGACCUGAUCUUCUAACACAGUAGCCCCUACAUUCUCGGAAGGAAGGGCGUUGUGUAUCAUAAGAACAUAACAAGAACCUCCUGGAUCAGGCCCAAUGGCUCACCUAGUUCAGCAUCCCUGUGGACACCCAGAUGACCCCAUGGGAAGCCCAAACGCAAGACCUGUGCACAGCAGCACUCUCCCCUGCUAUGCCUUCUUGCAACUGGUAUUCAGAAACAACCUGCCUUUGUCAGGGGAGGCGGUGCAUAGCCAUCAAGGCUAGCAGUCUCGAUAUCCUCCAUGAAUUUCUCUAUUCCUCCUUUAAAGUUGGUGGCCAUCACUGUCUCUCCUGUGGGAUCAAGAUUCACAGUUCAUGCACUGCAUGAAAAAGUACUUUUAAAAAACCUGUCCCAAAUAUUCCAGCAUUCAACUGCACUGGAGGUCUUACUAAGGGACGGAAGAAGCAAUUCUCCAUCUACUGUCUCUGUGCCAUACAUAAUUUUAUAAAGUUUUAACUAAAUUAGAGUAUGCACAUGUGGGAGAGAGAACGUGUAUGCAUGAGAGUGUCUAGAACUGAGCAUUUCUAGAUAUUGUUGCUCUUUGGGUUUCAAGAUUUCAUGAAGCAUAUCUCACCAUUGUUAUCCCUUUCCUCGUCUCUUAGGGACACUGACUUUGGCUAUUUCCGAGCACUUGUCUACGAUUUUAGCCCUGAUGUCCCCGGAAGGGUGUUAAACGCUCAGAGACUCUUCUUAAUAAAUAGGGGUAUGGAAUCUCACCCUCCUUCCCUCUUUUUUAAAAUCCUGUUGUGGUUAAUAGUUGUUAAAGUGAUACACAACAAUUCUUUUAUUGAUUGUCAGUUUAUACCCAACCAUCCCAGGUUUCGCCGUGCAAUAGCUUUGGCUACACAAAUGAACAAACAAUGCCUGAAUAGCUCAGUUGGUUAGAGCGCGGUGCUAGUAAUGCCAAGGUGGCAGGUUCGAUCCCUGUAUGGGACAGCUGCAUAUUCCUGCAUUGAAGGGGGUUGGACUAGAUGAUCCUCAGGGUCCCUUCCAACUCUACAAUUCUUUGACUCUAAUAUUAUAGGUAUUAACUAUUCUGCGCCAAAGUAUGUUCAGAGCAGCUUACAAUGGUGUGGCCAAACAGUACCUGCAACAACAAUUUCAACCAGUUUAAAAUACAGCCCAGUGUCCUUUCUCAAUCCAUUCACUUCAUCUGCUAGAUAUUUUGGAAAGUGGUUUGUUUGUUUGUCUGUCUGUCUGUAUGCCUGUUUGUUUGUUUGUUUGUUCUCUAUACGUUUGGACACCUCUCGAGGUAUCAUCACCAGACUUGGCACAAGGGUUCUUGAGGUGGGGAUGGCAAACUCCGUUACUGUUUGAAUUCCAGGCGCCAUUUUGAAUCAAGAUGGUGGGCCAAAACAUGACUUUGGACUGGCUUCACCCAAUUUUUUGUGUGACACGUCCAAACUCACAAAUUGUAGCCAUUUUUUUAAAAAAAAGCCAUCCUUUUUUAUUUCAAAAAAUAUCUGGGCAACACUCCCUGCUAAUAAAAUAUAAAACAGAAGCAUAAGAAAAACAAGAUGAAGCAAAUGACACAGUGGAAAUGUGAUCAUUGAAACAUUUUGGAAUCAUAAAUAUACAGCCUCUAUAGUCCUAAAUACUGUGUCAGUAAGGCCGUGCUUGGUACUCUUUUUAAUCUGAAGACCCUGUUGUGGUAUUUGGUGUCUGUGUUCAAGUUUCUGCUAUUCACGUGUUUCCUAUCAGAUAUCAGCAAAACCUGCAAUGGAGGCCGGGAUGAAGAAAACUGCAAAUGCAAUCCAGGAUUUGAGGGAAAUGGUAUACACUGUGUUGGUAAAUAAUUGUGAGCUUUGCUUCUUCUAGUCUUUAUUUUAGCAUAGUCCAUAAUGAUCAUAAUGCUGCUAUAAACAACCUUUCCCCCCCCUACAUAUAGCGUUGAUGCAUGUAUUAUUGUGACAUACACACAAACUGAGCCAUUUUGUGUGAUGCCACACACCCCACAGCAUCCAUUUUGUGUGUGUGGCUCCACAAGACUACCUUAAAAUUCCUAUUGUGUCCAUAGGCUGCAAAAAGAUUGGCAAAACCUGUGUUAGAAUACCCACAGCUCAGUGGUAGGACACAUGCCCUGCAUGCAGAAGGUCCCAGAUUCAAUUCCUGGCAUCUCCAGGCAGGGCUGGGAUGGAGCCUUGUUGGAAACCCUGCAGUGCUGCUGCCAGUCAGUGUAGACAAUAUUGAGUGGAAGGCAGCUUCUUAAAUCCCUGUUUAAAUCACCCCUGUAUUCAGAACCAUGAUGACUGGGACCUUGCUUUAUUUUUAAGGGAAGGGCCAUCAUCCAGCUCCAUUUAAAAGGAUUCAGGUGGCAGGGGAAGGGCUGGAGAGCAGCUGCCAGUCAGCGUAGACAAUGCUGGGCUUGAUGGGCAAAUCUCUCUCUGUGUGCACAUGUACAUAGAGCAUGCUCCUAUAUAGUCUCAUUUUCUUCUUUUCUGCAAAGACAUAGACGAGUGCAAGAAGGAGAUGCCCGUGCAUUGCCUGGCUGAAGCAACCUGCAUCAACACAUACGGAUCAUAUUUUUGUCGCUGCCCAAAAGGCUUGGAAGGAGACGGCGUGCUCAGCUGCAUAGGUAGAGGGAACGUCAAUGUCUCUGGUUGUGAAGAAUAGCUGGGCUGGGCUGGGCUGGGCUGGGGAAAGUGUGUCCCCUCUGGGUAUUGCUGCAGAGUCCCUCACCACCAAUGUCAUUGCAUUAAUAUGAUUUAUUGCCCACUGUUCACCCCAAGGUCCUAGCUCAAUUUAAAAUACAACAUUAAAAACAGUUUGUUUGUUUUAAAAAUGCAAUCACAAUAAUAACAGGGUGGGUCCCAGGGAUAUACAACUUGAGUGCCCAAGGCUAAGGUAAAGAGGUGCAGCUUUAGCAUACAGUACAGUGAAGGUUCCAGACACAUACCUGUGGAGAGGAGUUUGACUACCUGGGGGCUGCCGCAGAGAAGGCCCUCUCCUGGGCUGCCACCGCCUGUGCUUCUGAGGGUGGUGGAAUUACCAAAUACCCUCUGCCAGUCUUAGCACCCAGUGGGGGCCUGUAGGAAGGCAGGCAGUCUUUCAGAUACUUGGGGCCUUAGGGCUUUAAGCACUUGAGUAAGCAGCUAAAAUUGGGCCUGGAACGGACAAACAUUGCGGCUCUUUCAAGAUAGGGGCUGUGUGAGUCCCAAAUGGAGCCCCAGUAACCUGACCAUGGCAUUUUAGAGCCAUUGAAGUAUACACGUCUUCAAGGGCAGUCCCAUGCAGUGUGGAUUGCAGUAAUCCAGUCCGGCUAACAGAGCACCUCUGAACCUUGGCUGUGCCGGCUGGAGCUCAUGGGCUUUGGGGGGGGGUGUCCAACAAUAUCUGGGGUGUUAUCAGCUCACCACUUACAGGUCCACCAUUUCUGGUCCGUAAUUGGUGGCCUGUAGCUCAGGUGUAGGGACGUGGGUGGCGCUGUGGGUAAAACCUCAGCGCCUAGGACUUGCCGAUCGCAUGGUCAGCGGUUCGAAUCCCCACGGCGGGGUGCGCUCCCGUCGUUUGGUCCCAGUGCCUGCCAACCUAGCAGUUCGAAAGCACCCCCGGGUGCAAGUAGAUAAAUAGGGACCGCUUACCAGCGGGAAGGUAAACGGCAUUCCGUGUGCUGUGCUGGCUCGCCAGAUGCAGCUUGUCACACUGGCCACGUGACCCGGAAGUGUCUGCGGACAGCGCUGGCUCCCGGCCUCUAGAGUGAGAUGAGCGCACAACCCUAGAGUCUGGCAAGACUGGCCUGUACGGGCAGGGGUACCUUUACCUUUACCUAGCUCAGGUGUAGUAGACCUGACGUUGCAUGCAGAAGUGGUAGAGAUUCCAGGCUCAAUCCCUGGCAGCCCCAGCAGACAAGGAGAAAAACAGGUCCGAGACAUGACUUCCCAUUGUGCAGUUUCUGUCUCACCCCCACAUUUUAGACAUAGACGAAUGCACCAGGGAUCCCCAUGCCUGCAACCAGGACGCGACGUGCUUGAACACCCUGGGAUCCUACUUCUGCAUUUGCCAAAGUGGAUUUAUCGGUGACGGUGUUCACUGCGAAGGUAAGUUGCACAGAUUGCAAAAAACCAAACAAACAGAAAAACCAGUCCUGCUGAAUCAGAUGGAAUAGGCAUUUUACCCACCAUCCUGUUUCCAGAGAGAGACAAGCCAGGUGAUUUCAGGAAGCCCGCAAGCAAAGCACGAAGGAAACAGACCAUCCCUUAUCGUUUGCCUUUGUAAUGACCAUUAUUCAGAGAUAUACUGCCCCUGAACAAGGUGGUUUUGUUGAACUAAAGCAGCCGUAUUGCAAACUUUGCCCAUAAGUGCCAAUUUCGAAGGAUAGCUCUGAUUGGGUCCACAUAUUUCUUUGGGGGAAGUGUGAAUUUGACUUUGGCUUUAAACGUGGACUGAGUUGAAUUCCCCACUCCAUCCCUACGCUCUAUAACCAAUCAGAUUUGUAGAAUGGCUCCAAGCUACUAUGAGAGAGAAUGAAACUACCUCCCGCUGUCCCGCUUUCUCUACGCCAUUCAUAUUAUUAAGACUUUCAUGUCCUCCUAUAAUUGUGGGCUUUAUCCCUAAACUGAAAAGCCUUCCUGGGCAGGGAAAUGUCCUUUCCCUUGACCACCUUUGUUACCCUUUCCUAGUCGUAUGAUAUUGUUCUGGAAACAAGUUGAUUAUUUAUGGGAGAAGUGUGUGUUGGAUGGUUAUAAAUGAGCAGGAAAGGAUAGUUUACUUAGUAAUUAUACUUCCUCUUGCUCAUUUGUGUGAGAAUGCAAAUAUGUAUUUCAGCAGAGUUAAAAGCCACCAUCCAUACACAUCUUAUCUCUAUAAGCUAUUAUGACAAGGUUGCAUAACCUUUUAUAACAAUUAUGAUAUCCAAGGAUGCUUCGGCAGACUUGGAUUGUCUUUUCCCAUUUUUUUUUUGUUUCCCUCUGAACAAAGAAAUCACUCUCAGACUGUUUAGUAAACAAGAAAAAUACAAGGUUUACUCACAUCAAAAGUCUUGCCAGGAUCCAACAUGUUACAGGGAUGACAGUCAGUCAGGCAAUAAUCCUUACAGAUAUCCAUAGUUCAAAAUGGAGAUUGCUACCUGGAGGAGAGCAAAGAAACGUCCUCCCCCAUCGCAGGCAGGAAAAAAAUGAGUGCGUGACCUGACAGAAGAGGCAGGGAUUAACCCAUUGUCUUUUCCCUGUGACCAGGUUUGGGGGUAUGACAUCAUAGAGUCCCCUCUGUACUGGUUCUGAAACUCCACGGUGGCAUUGCCCCUGUUUGUGACUGCCUGCCAAUCGUGCAUUUGAGAUUUGGGCUCCACAUCCUCCCACAUGGUGUGCAUGUGUGUCUUUUAGCCGGUGUUCACCUCUCUCUUCUCCUGUUACAGCAAAAAGCAACUGGUCCCCAUGGUCUCCGUGGUCCGUCUGUUCCGCCACCUGCGGCCUCCAGAAACAGAUGCGCAUCCGGCAGUGCACUCACCCGGAGAGCGGCAUGCGAUGUGUGGGCCCUUCUGCUGAUCUCAAGCUCUGUCCUAAGACGCAACCCUGCCCACGUAAGCUGGCCUUCACUUCUUAAGCUGGAGCAGGCAGACAUCCCUUGCAAAAGGCACAUCUCCACUGCAAAAGCACGUUCCUUUUAUAUCUUCAUGGGAGCCACCAGACAACUUCCAGUUGUGCUCACACCGCUAAGAGGGUGGUCAUAUGCAAGUCCAGAUUUCAGUGCCAGUUGUACUUGUAAGCAUUGGGAAGGGAGUGUGACACUUUCAUUUCCAGUUAGUGCAUGUCCCAUAACCUCCUCCUGAGAAAUCUCACAAAUUUUUAUACCGGAAAUGUUCUGGUUUAUAUUUGUUUCACUUUUGCUCUGCUGCAGCCCCUCUGGACAGCAAUCGUGUGGAAGCCUUGGGGAAGCAUCCCAGAACAAUUAAUAAAGCAGAAUAAAUUCAUCUGUAAUGUGGCACCACUCUUCUUGUGUCAAAAACAUGUUCCAGAGUAUGCUUGCAAUAAACCACCAGUCUGGAAGGGCCCAUGGUUUCUCCCAGAGAAUCCUGGUUUGUUCUUGCAACUAGGGAUGGAUGAAUCCGCCAGUUCUGAUUUCUCUCAGUUUCUAGUUUCUCCAGUCUUGAAGUUCAGUCCUCCACUUUCCCAAGCACUUUGCAUUUCUUUCUUUCUUUUCUCUCUCUCUUUUUUAAAAUCCCCAUGAAAAUGUGUCAUUCUUUCAGUGCAAAUAUAUGCUUAUACACCCAUUUCCAUUUGCAUUGCGAUGCGCACUUUCCCCUAACUUAUGCAUUUAAAUGUGUGUUGUUUUAUUGGAGAACUGCACCACAAAAUUCAGAGGAGUGCAGAUUCUGAAGGGCAGUUGUUCUUCAUGUUGCAUAUAUGCCGUUAUUCUGCAUAUUGUUUUAGGAAGGGUGAAUUAGGCAGUUUCUCAUUUAAAUGCAAACAAAACCUGAAUUCUGCCCUGUACCUAUUCUGAGAUGCCCCUCCCUUCCCCCUCCCCUACUCCCCCUUUGUCAGAGGAUCACACAUCUCUUUCUGAUCUCACAGCACCUCUUAUGUCCUUUGUCACUUGACUGCUUUUUAUCCCCUCUUCCCUAUUGUUUAACUCAAGUCUCCUCCAUUCUCCUCCCACCCUCCCAUUCCUAUUUCCUUGUGUGUCAAGUAUUUUUAGAUUGCGAAUCUUAGAGCUGCUCAGCUGCUCUUAGACACACUCUCUCUUUUCCCCUUUUCGCUAAAAGGUAUGGAAUAAAUGCUGUGAAUAAAUAAAGUCAGGGUGGAGAAAAACCAGAGGAAAUAGCAAAGAGCAGAACUGGGAAGAUCCUAUCACUCAAAACACAUGCACUUAGCCACUCACUGGCUAUUGUGCAACACCAGUCAUGUCCACAGAAGAAGAAGGAGGAACCUGCUUGUCCAAAACUGAUGUAGAGAAUUGGUGAACAAUUUUCUCCUUUCUUUCCUUUAGACAACGGCCAUUGGUCAGAGUGGUCACCCUGGUCCAUGUGUUCGGAGAAGUGUUCUGGGAUCAAGAAAAGGAUUCGAAUCUGCGACAGCCCUGCUCCUUCCGGAGGGGGCCUGCCUUGUGAAGGGGAGAAGGAGGAGCUUGCAAUGUGCAACAACAGCCAGUGUCCAGGUGCAGCCAUCAUCUUGCAGAGGGCUUGGGCGAGCAUGAAGGGGACCUUGCUGGGAGAAGCAUACGGCACCCUUUGGGCUUGAAUGCUGAAUCCUUAGAAACCUUGAGGGAGUUCCCCAGCUGUGAAGCUCUUCCUAAAAGGCGAGGGCAAUGGGUUGGACUGGCAGGUGACUCUUACAUCAACACACCAGCAACAGGACAGGGUCCUCUCUUACAUCUGAAGGCAGCAGGCAAACGUAGAGGGCACUUCACCGCCACUCCCUCGUCCAUCCCAGUGUCUGCCGCCUGAGGCUGCCACUGCCUCUUUCUGCCUAAUGCUAGGGCCGGCCCUGCCUGAAAGCAUCCAAGAACAGGCUGCUGGAUGGGUCUUUGGUUUGAUUCAGCGGGGCUCAUCUUACAUUCUCACAUUCCCUUUCCCCAAGACAAGAACAGAAGGAGAGCCCUGCUGGAUGAAGCCCCACCAGUCCAACAUGCUGUUCUCACAGUGACCAUCCCACAAAUCGCUUGUUCCUUCCAUACUUUUCAAUGCACUUCCCCAUCACUUUCCUAACUGCAAAAGUCUUGCUUCUUCAGCAUGAUGCUUUCACCUGCCUCCCUUUAAUUGUGCAAACCUAAAGUAUGCACUUGAAUAUUUCAUAGAAAAUACUGACCGUCUGGAGGCAGCGGAAUAUCAUGGGCUGACCUGGCCAGUGGGAAGCCCAAACUGAACCCUUCGCUUUCUCUCUGCCUCAGUUGAUGGAAUGUGGUCUCCCUGGGCAUCCUGGACUCCCUGCCCCAUCACCUGUGGACUAGGAGUCGUGAGCCGAUCUCGACAGUGCAACAGCCCUGCCCCACAGCAUGGAGGGAAUAACUGCAGUGGGCAUGGGUACGAGGAAGGCUCUUGCGGAUUUCCGGUGAGAGAAGCAGGUUUUUGAAAUCGUGGCUACAAAGGACAGGAGAAUGUUUUCAGACAGGGCUGAGGAACCUGUGACUACAACUCCCAUCACCCUUGGCCAUCCUUGGCUCAACUUCUGGGAGAGGAGUACCCAGAUCAGGAUCAUUGCACCAGUGGAGGGGGAUUUAAUCGUUUUAGCAUGUCCCCUCCCAGGACAAGUAGCAGUUUUGGAGGAAGGGUUUUAAUUUAGAUAGCAGGCUAAAGGGAAGGGGCUAAGGGAUUUCGCCACUAGCAAACUACUUUCCAAAAGCAUUCUGUCCCGCACGGUUGUUGAUGCUCUUGUUGCUGUUUUUAAAAUACAAGCAUGUCCUGUGCUUUCUGUUCUGAAAAUUGCAGUGGUGAGGUUAAAGCAAUGCACAGGAAAUUCAGCAUCUCCAACCUACAGAUUGUGCCUGCCCCACCACAAUCUUUCAAUAUGUUGUCAGUCUGGAUAUUGACACACUCUUCUGUCUCAUCUCUCUCUCUCUCUCUCAUUUUUAUUUAUUUAUUGCAUGCAGGAGGCAUACUGCAAAUACCUGCCCAAACCAUCUGAAUCUAUAAUAACAGGGAAACUGAUUCAAUGAGUACCCAAACAUUGGCCAAUGCGGCAGUGGGAAGAAUACCAGCAACCAGCCAAGUAUGGCUUCUCUCAGUUUGUGGGCCAAACUUCAUGGUGUUGUAAAGGACAAUCCAGCCACUGCUUAGUGAGAAUUGGGGCCAGUGCAGACAGAACCAUUCUUAGGUGCCCAGAAGCUAAUGAAAGGGGGGGGAGGGGGAGGAAAGGAAAAGAAUAGCACCAGUGGACAACUUUUGCAAAGAAUGGUUUGGGAAGAAAACUUUGGAACUGUAUUAAUUGCACUGAGAAACACCUGGAGUUGAGUAUCUUCUCUGGAAUGAAGCAACCUGUGAAAUAUCAUGCACGACUAUGUCCACAGUUAAUGGAUUUUGCACGGGUGCACAAGAGUCAUUGGAAAUGAACACAGAUGUCGUGUUUGUAGAGGGGCCUGUGCACUGUGGUCAUUUGAGGAACCCAGACCACAGUAAAGCAGAUGAUGGGAGGAGUUUCUGGUCCCAGGCAGCAAAGGGCAGAGACUGGUCAAUGAUGAAUGUGAUUAAAGUUCCCCCAGCUUUUAUACUGGAUCAAA